CUUACUCUUAUAAUCGACUUCUCCUCCUCCUCCUCCUCCUCCUCCUCCUCCUCUUCGGUUUGCUUGUGAUCGAUGUCGUUGGGGCUGAAUAUGCAUUCUCCCCAUGUUUUAAACCCGCAACUCCACCUCCCUUUUGACAUUUAGAUUUUGGAGAAAGUUGCUUAAUUAAUUCCCUCCUCUAAUUCUUACAUCACAUUUGGUAUGGAGAAAUGAAAACGUGCAAGGAUCUGGCAUACAAAAUGGUCACGCUCGAAGGAGAUGCAAUGCAGUCCGUGCUACCCUCCUACACAUACAGUUUCUUGGGUUUUGCCGCGAAGCUUAACUCCAUACAAGCAACCACCUUAGCCAAGAUGCAAGGAGUAGUGUCAGUGUUUGGAAGCAGGAUAUUGGAGUUGCACACCACCAGAAGUUGGGACUUCAUGGGUCUUACAUUGGACAAUGGCAGAGCCACACCAAUGCAGCUUGCCUUUGGUGCCGAUGUUAUUGCUGGAAUACUCGACUCAGGUUUGGCCGGAGUCUGAGAGCUUCCAUGAGGAACACGGGAUGCGCCCAAUCCCAUCAUCUUGGAAGGGGGAAUGCGAGGAAGGAGAAAAUUUCAACCCAGCAACUGCGUGUAAUCACAAGCUAAUCAGGGCCGGUUAUUAUUUGACGGGCCUUGAACAGCAGCUGGGUCCUCUCACUGCCGACUCUGAGUAUCGUUCCCCCCC